UAAGACGUUGCGAUAAGCCAGACUAGAAUUCGCAACACGUAGCACAAAGUGGUUGAAAUUUAACCGCAUGUAAUUUUAUAUACAUUACAGGAUAUUGCAAGAUAUUGAAGAACUUGUUAUCUUAAAAACAUCAAUAUGGCACAAGCAAGUGGUGCAAUUAAGUUAGCUAAACUUAGGGGAUUAAUGGAAGCUGUUCAAGUAGGUGGUAUCAAGGGAAAAGGUCUCCAAGCUUUAAUUAUAAAUUCGGAUGAUGCUCAUCAGUCAGAAUAUUUGAGAGAACACGAUAAAAGACUCAGCUUCAUAAGUGGUUUUACUGGUUCCUUUGGUACUGCAGUUAUUACACUACAUAAAGCUUCGUUAUGGACAGAUGGAAGAUACUACAUGCAAGCUUUAGCAGAAUUUGAUCCACCAGAAGCAUGGACACUUAUGAGAGAAGGUUCAUUGGACACUCCAACAAGAGCUGCAUGGUUGGUUUCUAAUUUACCUCCUAAAUCUACUGUUGGGGCAGAUGCUAAUUUAAUGAGUUAUACAGAAUGGGCAAUCUUACAUACCAGUUUAACUGCUGCUGGUCAUUGUUUGAUGCCUCUUGAAGAGAAUUUAAUUGACAAGGUUUGGGGUAGUGAUCAGCCCGCCGCUACAGGUAAUGUUGUUGUACCUCACCCAUUGCAAUUUUCAGGAUGCAGUGCAAGCAAAAAAGUUGAAUCAUGUAAAGAGACAAUGAAUAAGAACAAAGUAAAAGCACUUGUGAUCACAGCUUUGGAUGAAGUAGCAUACAUCUUGAAUUUAAGAGGAUCCGAUAUACCUUAUAAUCCUGUUUUCUUUGCAUACAUUAUUCUUACAUCGGAUGAUUUGCAUUUAUUUAUUGAUAAAAGUAGGCUUAGCGAAAAGGCCCAACAGCAACUGGUUGAUGAAAAAGUGAAUGUUAUUUAUCAUUCCUAUGAAGAUAUACAUACUUUUUUGAAAGAAAUCGCAAAUUCAUGUACAAAUGAUGAAAAAAUAUGGAUAAGCAAUGGUUCUAGUUACGCGUUACAUGCUGACUGUGGGGAAGUAAAAAAGCACACUGCUGUUACUCCCAUCAAUAUUAUGAAGGCUAUAAAAAAUGAUGUUGAAAUUGAAGGAAUGAAAGCAGCUCACAUACGAGACGCGGUUGCACUUGUAAAGUAUUUCGCAUGGUUGGAAGAUAAGAUUAAAAAUAAGAAGGAAACUAUUACAGAGAUAUCUGGAGCAACUCAACUUGAAAACUUUAGAAAGGAACAGGAGUAUUUCGUUGGGCUUAGCUUUCCGACGAUAUCUUCAGUUGGGCCCCAUGGAGCAAUAAUCCAUUAUCUACCAACACCAAAGACUGAUGUACCAAUUACAGAGAAAGAGGUUUAUCUUUGCGAUUCUGGUGCACAAUACCGGGAUGGUACUACAGAUGUUACAAGAACAUUACAUUUUGGUAACCCAACAAAUUUCGAACGCGAAUGUUUUACGAGAGUAUUCAAGGGUCAGUGCCGUCUUUCGACCUCGAUUUUUCCUCUAAUGGUACAAGGAAAUUAUCUUGAUACACUUGCCCGUGAGAACUUAUGGAGUGUUGGUCUUAAUUACCUUCAUGGUACGGGACAUGGAGUAGGUUCGUAUUUAAACGUUCACGAAGGUCCAAUUGGUAUUUCUUGGAGACCAUAUCCUGAUGAUCCAGGUUUACAACCUGGCAUGUUUCUUUCAAACGAACCAGGAUACUACGAGGAUGAAAAGUUUGGCGUUAGAUUGGAAAAUAUAGAGUUAGUAGUAAAGGCAAAUACACCUUAUAAUCACAAAAAUCGUGGCUUUCUUACUUUUGAAACCGUUACAUUGGUGCCUAUACAUACUAAGCUACUUGAUCUUUCCUUAUUAACAGAUAAUGAGAUCGAAUAUCUAAAUAAUUACCAUCAAAGAUGUUUGAAUACCCUGAGGCCUCUAUUACAAGGACCAGAAAAUGCUCCAGCACUUGAAUGGUUGCAAAAAGAGACCCGACCUAUCUCGAAAUAACUAUGAAUUUAAAAGAACAAUUUCUAAUCAAUUGCAUUUCUUUUCUUCUUCUUUUUACUAUUACAAUACAUAAUAAACUGUUUAUAUAAUUA